AUGGCUCCCCGCUCGCAGCUUGAGAUUACCACUUCCUCUGUGAUCCGCUUGGUCAAGGAGGAGGCUUCCUACCACAAGGAGCUUGCGGACCAGAUCGAGCGCGUGAAGAGACUUGAAGCUGAAACUGCUGGUGAUGAUGAAAACCGCGAGUACAUGCUCAAGCAGGAGCACAUGGCCAUCGAAGAGACCAGAAAGGUCUUUCCUAGUCUGAGACAGAAGCUCGAACAAACCUUGGAAGAACUGGGUGCUUUGGUUGUCGAGGAGGGCAAGAAGGCACCCAACAGCAGUGUUGAGCAAAUCACCGCUGCCAAAGAGGCCAUUGCUAAGGGCAAAAAGGCUCUGAUUCCGAUCUCUUAA